ACCUCCUGCCGUAGAGUGGGAGUAACUAGGAAGUGUUUCGGUAACUAAGGAAAGCUGGGAGAUCUGAGUUUUCUGCUUAGAAAUGCAAACUGUGGGCCGGUUUUAUUCAACUUAAAGAACAGGCGGUAAACCCAAGCAAAAUAUCGGCGGUCGACACCACUUCACGUUCAGCAUUAGCAAAGUGAUUCCUCCUAACGUCCUAACGUCAAUGGCUCUGCCGACCCUUUCGGUCCAUGUGCCCGGUCGGUCGCGGGUGCUCGCCGGACAGCUGGCCCGGCAGCGGGAACAGGAGGCCCGCUGGCGGCAGCAGUGGGAGCAGCACGCCCAGUACUUCAGGGAGCAGAGCGUCCGCAGCCAGAGGCAGGCGGCGUGGAGCUCCCGUCACUCCUACCAGCAGAGUAUGUCAGCGUAUCACAGGCAAAAGAUCAAAGAGGAAAAGGCAGCCAGUCUGGAGCAUCGUAGGAAUCGACUCAGGGCCAUGCUUCAAGAGGAGCAAGAUCGGCUGGAGGCCGAGCUUCGCCAUGUGAUCCCUGACAGCAGCACACUGUCCCGUCAGCUGGUGCAAAAAACCGAAGAGCUUCGCACGGCAAGAGAUGUGCGAAGAAAAAAGCUUGCACAAGAGCUUUUGAAAGAGCACUGGAAGAAAAACAGCCCAGAGCUGCGAGAGGUCGAGUCAGCGUUACAUAAAGAUCAUGUUGUUGGCCAAUGGCAGGAGCAGAUACUUGAGAAGAAACAGCAAGAACUGGCUGAACGGGAGGAAAAGAGACACUUUGAAAAUGAGUACGAGAGGACCCGUAAAGAGGCUCUGGAGAGGAUGAAGCAAGCAGAGGAAAAAAGGAAAGCAGAGGCACUCAAACGAGCAGAAGAACUUCGAAAACAGAUGGAAGAACUGAAGCUGAGAGAAGAAGAGGCUACUCGUCUAAAGAAGGAGCAAGAGGCUUUGAUGCUCCAACACUGGGAGCUGGAGAAGAUAGAGGAGGAGAGGAGGAAGGCAGAAGAGAUGCGGAAGAAGUCUGAGAUGGGUCAUUUCUUGAUCCGUCAAUAUCGAGCUCAGCUGAAGAGGAGGGCCCAGCGAGUGCAGGAGGAACUGGAGGCUGACCGUCAGAUCCUAGCAGCACUGCUGGAAGGAGAUGAGGAGGACAGACGCAUGGAGACGGUACGAAGGGAAAGGGCUAUCGCUGAUGCUGCUUGGAUGAAACAUGUGAUUGAAGAGCAGCUUCAGUUGGAGCGUGAGAGGGAGGCAGAAUUUGACAUCCUCCACAGGGAGGAAGCUCAGCAUGUGUGGGAGAAAAGAGAAUCAGAGUGGGAGAGGGAGAGGAAAGCAAGAGAGCGACUCAUGAAAGAGGUGUUGGCAGGGAGGCAACAACAGCUGGAGCUAAAGAUGAAACACAACCGUGAGGCUCAGGAAGAAUCUCUGCAGAGACGAGAAGAGCUGAUAAAGGAGCUGGAGCAAGAGCGAGAGAUGAGAAGGUGGGAGAAGGAGCGUGAGGAGGCCAGUAGGACUGCGAGGCUGCAUGAGAUCAAUGCUCAGGUGGAGCUGCAGCGCCAAGAACAGUGGGAAGAGCAGCAAAUGGCUGAGCAGGAGGAAAGGGAGGAGAGGGAGGCUGUUCAAAUCCAAGAGGAGGACCUAAGGCUGGAGAUGCAGAGGAUGGCAAAGAAAGGCUACCAGGAGAAGAUUUACAGCAGACCUCGAUCAGCCUGGACGUGAGCAAGUCAAGACAGAAGUGUGGGAUGUAGCAUUCAAAGAUAGAAGCAUGUUUUUCAAGUGUGCCUUGUACCCGUGUCAUAACAGAUAAAACUAACGUCCUCCUUUCUAUUCUGGCUCUGGAGAGUUAACAUUCACAUCAUUCAAAGAUGAAAUGCACUUAAAAGAUUUAGGUUAAUCAAUGUUUUUCCUUUAUGUUGUUUUCCUUCUUAAGCCAAAAAAUGUUCUUACUUCAUCAGACAGACUGGUCUGUCCACAUACUAGCUCUAGAUGGGCUGUAGAUGGUCCCCUGUUGAAAAGUCAUAAAAGUGUGUGUCUUGAAGAAAUUAAAUGUUAAACUAUAAGUGCCACUGUUUAUAAUUUAAUGGGAGUAGAAAAUACUUCAUUAUUUCUGUGAAUUUUUACAUUUUUUAAUAAAUUAUCGCAAUCAAAUCAA